CGACUGCCAGUUCGGUCCGCCUUGAGCUGCCAUUUGGCCGAGCGAAGUGGGAACGACGCUCUGGGUCGACAUAGAGACGAUACCGUAGUUUUGUUUCCACCCGCUCUCCUGGUACCGACAAGUACCCUGCCAACAUGCUCGCAGUCGCAGAUGGCCCCCGACUCCCUAACCCCACUACCCACACAUCAUGCCCCCGCUCGCAGAGCAAACGUCUGCGGAGGGCGUGCAGGUCCCAGACCAGGGCACCGAAAACAAAAAAUAUGAGUCUCCGGUCGUCCGUAGCGCACGUGCAGUGUUUCGCCAUGUCAAACACCAUGUGGGGGUCGGUAUCGUCUGUUCCGUGGCGUACUUCGAUCCGGGUAACUGGAGCGUUGAUCUCCAGGCCGGAUCUGAGUUUGGGUACAGACCUUUACUCUUCGUUGUCCUCUUGGCGGGACUUGGGGCCAUUAUCUUGCAGUCCCUGGCCUGCAAACUGGGAUGCGUAACGGGCGUCGAUUUAGCCACACACUGCCGCCUGCUCCUUCACGACCGUCCCAAGCACCGAAGGCUAAUCCGAUAUGCAGCGCUCUAUCCGCUGUAUAUCCUCUGUGAGAUUGCUAUCGUUUGCACUGACUUGGCCGAAUUGUUGGGAUCUGCCAUUGGUCUCUGCAUGCUGUUCCCUACGCUCCCGCUAUGGGCCGGCGUGCUUGUUACCGCGGGAGACGUCUUGAUUUUCCUCGUUGUGGGAGGACCGUCACGAUACGGCAAGCCAGCCAAGGUGUUCGAAGCCACGAUCAUGUUACUAGUCCUUGCGGUCUUCGCCUGUUUCGUCUUAUUGCUAGUCAAGGUUCAUCCCAACUGGCCUCAAGCGUUCCUUGGCUUCGUACCGUCGGCAGAGCUCUUCGAUACGCACACUGAUGCAUUAUAUACAGCUGUGGGCAUCCUAGGCGCAACAGUUAUGCCUCAUGCACUGUUCUUGGGUUCCUUCAUGGCAACGCAAGAUAGAGUGGGGAUUGCCGCCCCUUCACUGCCUCCUCCAGCAUUAUCACCGGAGAUGUCCAAUCCGGACGCUCUUUCGCGGGACUACCGGAUGAAAUAUGACAGGGAAAACAAUGGUGUCGACUUCAUUCGAGCACACCUGAAACACGGUAUCGUCGACAUAGUCGCCAGUUUGCUGGGUGUUGCCGUCCCUAUCAAUGCAGCGAUACUCGUGGUAGCCGCCGCCGUAUUCUUCGCGGGCGGCACAGGAUCUAUGGUCCCUGCAGGGCUGUUCGAUGCUUACGACCUGAUAGUACAGCGCGUCGGCCAUGCCGCUGGUAUCAUCUUUGCGCUGGCACUUCUCAGCUCGGGACAGUCGUCUAGCAUCACGGCGACGCUUGCCGGCCAAGUGGUCUCCGAGGGCUUCAUCGAAUGGAGGAUCUCACCAUUCCUUCGGCGUCUCAUUACGCGCCUCAUAGGCCUCGUGCCCUCCAUGGUCGUCGCCAUCGCCGUCGGGCGGCCCGGCAUCAACAUGCUGUUGGUGGCAUCACAGGUCGCGCUGUCUAUCGUCCUGCCGUUCGUCGCCUUCCCGCUCAUCUGGCUGACGUCCUCGAAAUCUGUCAUGCGCGUCAAGAAGCCGCGCCGGCGCGGGGAGGCAGGGCUUCCCCACUCGGACGUCUCGUCCGCGGUGGCGACCGCGCCUCGCGACGUGGAGCUCACGCUGGACGAGAGAUUGUCGGUGGGUGAGAUCCAGCAGGUCGAUGCUGUUGCUCCAGAGGAGAAGGCAGAGGAGGUGCAGUUCGAAACCGCCGGCGUGUCUCACGACGAGGAUGACUGCAUCGAUUUCAGCAACGGAUGGCUGCUUACGACAGUAGCGUCUGUCGUAUUUGUCAUCGUCCUCGCCGCCAAUUUGUACGUGAUCGUCAUUCUUGGAUUAGGUAGAGAGUGAUGCGUGAGGUCCCAGAACUAGACAACUCUCUGUACUUGUAUCAGGCAAAUUCUGUACCAGUU